AUGAGCCUCCAAGGUGAACGAAUAGCUGUGCGACUUAAAUGGGGACUUGAAUAUAGAGGCAAACUUGUAUCAUUCGAUCGGUAUUUCAAUAUUCAAUUAGACCAAGCCUCGGAGUGGAAGGGUGGUGAAUUUGCUGGUGAAUUAGGUCAAUUGUUUAUACGUUGUAAUAACGUGUUAUGGGUUAGAGCAGACAACUCACAACCAGUUGGCGAAGAAGAAACUGGAGAAGUCAAAGAAUGA